UAUCGCCUCCGCUGAGGGCAAGCCCACCGGGGCUACUGUCCCUCUGCCGGCUGUUUUCGCCGCUCCCAUCCGUUCGGAUAUCGUCCAGUAUGUGCGCACUUUACUUUUCAACGCAGGAGGAUCAAUUGGCUUUGGGAACGGCGACUUUUGGAUAUGAGGGAAAAGAGAGAAAUUGGGCUGACGGUUGAAUUAUAGGCAGGUUCACACCGGUAUGGCGAAGAACAAGAGACAGCCCUACGCUGUGAGCGAGAAGGCUGGUGAACAGACCUCCGCUGAGUCCUGGGGUACCGGCCGUGCUGUCGCUCGUAUUCCCCGUGUCUCCGGUGGUGGUACUCACCGUGCUGGUCAGGCUGCGUUCGGUAACCAGUGCCGCUCUGGUCGCAUGUUCGCUCCCACCAAGGUCUGGAGAAAGUGGCACCAGAGGGUCAACGUUGGCCAGAGACGUUUCGCUACCACCUCUGCCCUCGCUGCCUCUUCCGUCCCCUCUCUCCUCUUCGCCCGUGGCCACCGCAUCGCCAACGUCCCCGAGGUUCCCCUCGUCGUUGACUCCAAGACCUUCGAGAACGCCGCUGUCACCAAGACCAAGACUGCCGUCGCUCUCCUCCAGGCUGUUGGUGCUGGUUCCGAGCUCGUCAAGGUCUCCAAGUCCCGCAAGAUGCGUGCCGGUAAGGGUAAGCUGAGAAGCCGCCGCUUCCGCCAGCGCCGCGGCCCUCUCGUCGUCUACAACCCCGAGACCGACGGCAAGGAGCUCGUCCGUGCUUUCCGCAACAUCCCUGGUGUUGAGACGUCCUCUGUCUUCUCCCUCAACCUCCUCCAGCUCGCCCCCGGUGGUCACCUCGGUCGCUUCAUCGUCUGGACCUCCUCUGCCUUCGAGGCCCUCGACACCGUCUACGGCACCACGAGCUCUCCUUCUGCCCUCAAGAAGGACUUCGUCCUCCCCUCCAACCUCGUCGCCAACGCCGACCUCACCCGCCUCAUCAACUCUUCUGAAAUCCAGUCCGUCCUCCGCGGCCCCAAGGGUGAGGCCCGAACCAAGCGCGCCAACGUCCAGAAGAAGAACCCUCUCCGCAACAAGCAGGUUAUGCUCCGUCUUAACCCCUACGCUGCUGCUUUCUCUAAGGAGAAGCUUGGCCAGAAGUCUGUUGACGGUGGCAAGCCUGAGGCCAAGGCUGAGUCUUUCCUCAAGACUCUCCACGAGGAAUAGACGCCUAGCUCUUUCUCAGGUUUUAGUGUCAUGUUGAUGGUUCCGGUUUUAAAAAUGGUAGCAAUAAGCAAAUGAACGGAUUUGCAAUACCCUAUUUCGUCUUUUUAUUUAAAUACUCACGUGUAAUGAAUAUGUAAUUGAUUCAGGCGUGGAUUAAGUUUCGUAGCUGUUAAGUACUAUAAAUGACCGAGUACGGAUU